AGAACAGGCCUGUACAUUACACAGACUGAAGGCUGAUCAAGGAAAACAGAGAUGAGUGAAGAUGUCUAUGCAAACUCAGGAAUUUCAGCAGACAACAGAUCAGGUGAGUCAAAGGACUCCUAUGAAGAUAUCUAUCUGAAUGAAGACAUUCUAGAGACUAAGGUGACCAGAAGCCAUCAUGGAACUAUGACCUCAGCAGGAGGCAGUGCAGGAGGUAGAUGGUACAGACUGACUGCCAUGGGUUUGGUGCUGCUGUGUGUCGUCCUGCUGAUUGGCGUCGCAGUGCUGUGGAUCAAAUACAACAAUGUGAAGAGAGAAAAGGAGCAGUUACAGACCAGUUACAAUAAUCUGAAUAUAAAGAGAGACAAGUUACAGACCAGUUACAACACCAUGAGAAACCAGUUAAAAUUUCAGAAAGACCAGUUACUGCUUCAUAGAGAGCAGUUACAGCACAAGAUAUCAGGAUUCCAGAAGAUGCUUUCAGAUCUUGGAUGGAGAUGGUUCAACUCAAGUGCUUACAGCAUUACUACAAAGCAGAGCUGGGAAAAGAGCAGAAAGGACUGCACAGACAAAGGAGCAGACCUGGUGAUCAUAAACAGCAAAGAGGAACAGGAGUUCAUCAGUACAUCCUAUAAAAGUACUGAAGCUUGGAUUGGUCUGAAUGACACUACAACCGAGGGGAAUUUUCUCUGGGUGGAUGGUACACAACUGACCACUCAGUUCUGGUGGGUUGGAGAACCUAACAAUUAUGGCAGUGGAGAGGACUGUGUCCUAACAGGCUUUAGAAAUGCUAACUCUAACAUCUCAACCUGGGUUGAUCAUCCCUGUAACCUCAAUGCAGUUGGGAUUUGUGAGAAGAAAAUAUUUCACUGAACACAUGGGAGUCAGUGACUCAAAAUGAAAACAAGUUAGAAUUGAAAACUAUGUGAAGCUUGUGCCUGUGCUUCUUUUCCAUUUAUUCUGAAAAUAGCAGCGAUCAGGUGGCUUGACUGAUUCUGUGUAGUAGUCUUACAACUUAUGUAAACUUAAAAAUAAGGCAACAUUUCAUUCUGUACCUAAAUACAAACUGUUUUUGAACUCAUGAAGAGCUGGAGUGACAGCUCAUGCUCUGAUAAAGAAGAGUGAGUCUGGAAGAAAAGUGAUUUUUAAUUAUAUAAAUGACUAUAAAAUAUAUACUGCCCAUUUCUACUUUGCUGUAACUUUGUCUUGGUCUCUUAUUAUUUUUAGCUAGGCAUGGCUCAAAGUGAACGGAAUUCACUUUGACAAUCUUACACAUGACAAUAUCAAGCACAUUCAGGAAGUUUGAUUUUAUCACAUUUGGCACAAGAGAGUUUAUUGUGUUUUGUCUUUCAUAUGGAUGAUUUGUGAAAAUAAAUGAGAACUGGAAAUGAAUACAACACUGAACGCAGAUUGUCACUGAUUUUCAGUGAAGUCACUUCUGCAUUAGAGGUUACUGAACCCAAUGAUUACUGUCACAAGAACAUGUAAAACACGACAUAAACUUUGAGCUAGGAUUAUGACCAAUAAUUACUUCUCAAAUGAAAGUAUGUGACCCCUAUUUGUUCCCCAUUGCAUAUGCUUAUCCAUGCAGAUUAGACUGAGCCUCACAGGAUGAUGAAGUGCGCAAUCAGCGAAACUCUUUUUACCCUUCAGUUAUUUCUGUUGAUGUUCAA